AUGCAGACAGAAAUGACCGUAUACCCCUACAAUAGAAGCUCUGGGGGCCUCAACAGCGAGCUCAGGGGUCGAAAGCGUAAGCCCAGUAUCCUGGACGAUAAUCCUCGAGAAAGGAAAAGACGAAGAACUGAGGAGAAACCGGAAGCCAAUGUCUCACUUCCUCUGGAAAUAAUUUCUAGUGCUUUAUCCGAAGCACUGCAUUCUAAAGCUCAAUGCGCUCUAGAUUUAUUAGUGCCUGACUGGCAUCCAUGUAAGCAAUAUAACCCACUAUCAGACAACCCCUCGGAUUUCACAAGAGUCGUCACAUACACACGAGGCAUUGACGGCAAAGUUGGCAGUCUCUUAACCAGCCUUGGGCAUGGAGACGGUGAUCAUAACCUUCUCCCUAUAAAAUUUCCCAAUAGGAGUCUUUUAACCCUUAGUAAGUGGUGUAGUAACGAGAUAAUCAGGACCCUCUGUCUCGAAGGCGCACAAAUUUUCGAACUCGCUGCGGACGGUCUCCUUCCUAAUAUUGCCGAGGAAUCCUUUCUAGGCAAUCGAAGAGAUACGUUUCCGAUUAGAGGGAAACGCUCGCGAGGUAUUCUUCCCUAUGAUGACGAAGAACCCGAAGCUGAUAAAAAAGUUAUGCCAAGCGGCUCACCUUAUGUCUUCAAGCUCCUGCGUCAUAUUGUGCUUCGUUCGCCGCUGACCCUCAUGAAGGUUGACGCUCGUAGUAUGAUCGGAUCCGAGGUCCAGAUAAGCGAUGAUAACCUCGAGGCACUUGAUAUGGUUAUCGACUUAGAUCGGGGUUCACCCAUAUGGCUAUCGUGGUCACAGAUGCCGAUGCUGGAGAGCGUCCUCCUUGACCUACGUAUUUAUAGCCACGAAAUUAACACUGAUCGCGGGUGCAUUGGUAAAGGCGAGGUCAUCAGACGGGCGCAAGAAAUGGGCCGCUGGCUACGAUUGAAGUUGUUGGUUAUUGCUGGCUUGCAGAGCUACAGCUUCGAUACGAGUUAUGAUACAUACACGGCGGACCUCGUCGAAGAAGUAGACGAGAUAGGCGGGGAGCCUAAUUGGAUCAAGAUUUUUUCGCCCGCUGUGCGUCCUGGAGGUCAACUUAUUCUCGUAGAUCGGUUGACGGACGAAUCAACGGAGCUCUCAUUUUAUAUUUGAAUAACAUGAGAGAACCACUCAUGUCGUGUAAGAGUAUUAGUUUCCUCAUGGCUGUGAUGAAUGAAUAGUAAGAAGUUUGAAUGCACAGAUAGAUAUUAUAUAGAAUCAUGACCCGGAGUAUCUAGGUUAGCAGGAUUGCCUCCUUGCUUACCUGUUAUACACUCUUGGAAUAUGUCCUGAAAAUGCGAACUGGAUGACAUGUAUUUCUCUUGUUAUAUAAACGAGGGUCUCUGUAAAGGACUAAAGAUUACCUAUAAAUACUUCGUAAUGCUUAGU